CGUAAUGGGCAUGGAAGAGAAAUCUAACAGAAUAUUUAAUAGCACAUUUGUUCGACCUGCAAAAUUUUACCUCAGUGGGUUUUCCAACAUCCCUCAUGUUAAGUAUUACUAUGUGUUCUUGUGUUUUGUCUACAUCAUGACUGUUCUUGGGAAUGUUUUUCUCCUCUCAGUGAUUUACCAGGUGAAGACUCUUCAUACUCCAAAAUACUUGAUUGUGUUCAAUCUGGCUUUGACAGAUUUGUGUGGGAGCACAGCUCUCAUCCCAAAACUCUUACACACAUUUAUUUUUGACAGGAGAUAUAUUGUCUAUGAGGCUUGCUUAAGCUAUAUGUUCUUUGUGUUUUUCUUGUCAGCUGUGCAGUCAUGGACUCUUGUCACUAUGGCUUAUGACAGAUUUAUAGCAAUUUGCUUCCCUUUAAGGUACCACAGCCUUGUGACUAAACCAAUUAUUGUUGCAAUGCUGCUUUUUGAAUGGAUUUUUUUGUUGAGUAUGGGAGCAAUAAUGAUUGGUCUUAUUGAUCGUCUCUCUUUCUGUAGAUCUUUGGUGGUACGCAGCUUUUUCUGUGACCAUGGUCCACUUUUUCGUCUGGCCUGUAAUGACUUAACUUUAAAUUUCAUAGUAGCAUAUCUUGUUUUCAUUACAGUUCUCUGUAUUCCUCUUAUAUUGAUAAUAUUCACAUAUGUUUGCAUUUCCAUAGCACUGAGCAGGAUUGUGUCAGGAGAGCAACGACUCACAGCACUGAAAACUUGUACUUCUCACCUGAUUCUUGUUGGCAUUUUCUUCCUCCCUUUUCUGGGGACCAACGCUGCUUCAGUGGCCUCCCGCAUCCAUCCUAAUGCCAGGAUCAUAAACUCCACUUUGACACACACAAUACCAGCUUUGCUGAACCCCAUCAUAUAUGCUUUGAAGACAGAAGAAAUGCUGAAUGCUAUCAAGAAGCCGUACAAAAGAUAUAGACUCAGCAACAGAGUGACAAAAUGCUGAACUCUUUUAACUUUGAGAAUGACACUUUAAAGAAUGUUGCUGUAGAAUAAUUAUUUAUAGUAAGUGCCUAAUACUGACUGCUUACUUAUAAACAUUCAGAUUUUACUCAUAGAAAUGAUUAUCAUGUGGUAUUUUGUCAUUCAUUGUACUUUGCUCCAUAACAUGAUCACAUAGAAUGGUUGCAUUAUAUUAUAUCAGCCAUACAGUGUAAAGGUCACACAUGCAAAAUUAAAUCAUGUAUCCUACUUAAUAUCUUAGAUUCUUUAUUUUGCUUGGAUUUUUUUUUUUUUUUAUAUUUUGCGAACAAAAAUGUUUUCAUUGUGUGUGCUUAUUCUGAUCUCUCAUGUAGAGAUGCUGAGUUUGAUUACGUAUACAUAUUCCCCCGUUUGGAGCUUUAUGUUGAUUUUGACCAGAUUGACAAUGAUCAGUUGACUAGUUGAUGAAAAAAAGGAGAGUACCGUAGCUUUUUUUUCAUAAUCAAUAAAUUAAGUGAAAGUGCAGACUGUUGUAUGAUCCCAGCUCCUUAUUUUCAUCCCUUUUUUUUCAUAUGUGACAUUCAAUAUAUCAUUUGGCUUUGGACUGUUUGUUUUGGGUUUUUUUGGUAUUUGGGUACAUCAGCAUGGGUUGUUGCAUUAUCAGUAACAAAAACAAUUGUUAGUUGUAGUCCUCAUUUUGAUCCUAUUUGGUGUAUAUGGCUGUUCAUAUUACCUUUACACAGUAUCCAGGUUUCUAAUUAUCUGUGUGCAGGCAUGUCUUGACUCCCCUAUAUCUCCUUACCCUACAAGUUGCAACCAUUUUCCAAGGGAUGGUUUAAAAAUGUGUUGAAAUUAAAAUCAUCAAUGAGA